AAAUAUUUGCUGAUUUGUUUAAUAGGGGUAUCAACGAGGGUCGUCAAUGCGCUCGCGAAGUUGACACCUACCUCAUGGGCAUUAGCUCUCAGCUUCCUGUCACUGGCGGUAUUGUUCGCCGGCCUGCUAUCGAUGCAGUUCCCCAGUCUGCUGAGCAAGUUGUCUCUGCAUAGUUUGAGACACUGGAACUCGCGGCUGGAUAGAUGUCGACGACCACGCAUCUAAUCCAUAUCUCAUGAUGACAACGAUCUAUGAAUUUCCCAUGUUGAAAAGUUUUGGGUUCGUCAGGUGUAUGUUGGUGUUGUGUAUCUAUAAGGAUGGUCACACAGUUACAUUCUUCCCUCGCAAAAAGAAAAAAGGUGGCGGGAGGUUUUCUGGAUCCUUAGCGCUUAAGGCUACUUACUUUUUAUCGUCGUUACUUCUGAGCACUCCGUUUUUCUUUUGGUUGCCGCAUUUCUAUUAUAAAUCUACAGUGGAUAUGCAAGGUGUCGUCGGAGCGUUUGCAAUUCCCCUGUACAUAUUAUCUUUUCUCACUCAAUACCAACUGUUUCACAUUAUAUUUCUCCUUUUCUUAGUAGAACUUCACAUAGACUUGGAUUUUUAGAUAGCGCAGUAGUGUCGGCCUUUUCCAUGGUAAGAACUCCACGUACAGCAAACCUCAACCAGAAAACACCUAAUCGAAAUAAGAAAUGAACCCA